CAAGCUGAUUGCCUCCAUGCCACGCCGCAUUGAAGCAGUCAUUUCUGCAAAACGAUUCCCGACCAAGUGAGUGCAUAGCUGAUACAAUUAAUUGAAGGUUGACCUUUUUUUGUAUUUAAAAAAACACUUUUUUGUAUUGGUCGGAUGAAAUAUGCUAAUUUCUUGAGAUAGGGAUUUUUGUUUUUUUUCUUGACUUUUUUUUUGCCAAAAUCAUCGGUGUUAAAACAAGAAAAGGCUUGAACUACUUCUGUGUGUAAUGAAUCUAAAAUAUAUGAAAGUCGAAUGUUUAUCAGUGCAUUACAGAAAAUAAUGAACUUUAUCAAAAUAUGCUAAUUUUUUUAGAAGGACUAGUAUUUUGUGGCACCUAAACACUUCAAUCUACAUAUCAAGCGUUCAUUUACUACAAAAUCUGAGUUUUGCAUAUCUAGCCACGCCCACUGAUAACUAUCUCAAAUUUCUGCUCUCAAAUCAAACUCUUCACUCAUUGAUCAUUGGCACUUAGAAAUUAACGGGGUAUUUUUCCCCAUCAGUGCCUGCGCCUUUAAAUAAGACCGCAUGUGGUCGACAUCAUAUACGCCGCCCACCCCGACUCCCCCCUGCUGCAUCUGGAGGUGCCCGCUUUGAAAGUUGGACCGGGGAAUGAUCGCUUCCCACCGGAGACCACCGCACACAAGGCGGAGAAAGCGAAAGGGGGUGGUCUUGUUGAGAUUGGACUGCAGCAGCAUGUGUGGGAGGGGUCCGCAGAUCACAACAAAGAGAGCGCAAAUAGACAUGCGAAGGCGAACGAGGUGAACGCAGGGGGUGGGAUGCCUGCCGCCGGACUCCCCCGACACCAACAGCUCCAGCACCCCCGAGCCCGGAGCAUGACGCCCACAUCCCGCACGCUGAUUUUCCUAUUUGUCACACUGUUGGUGUUUCUCCUCAUCAUUGAUGAUAUCGCACAAGUGGAAGAAGAGGAAGAAGAAGCCUCAAAUCCCAGCUUGUCCAAAACGAAGCGGCUCUUCCCGAAACCACGCAGAAAGACGGCAAAACGAGUGGGAAGCACUUUAUCGCCACGAGUGGCUGAAAUAAACCACUUUCAACCGGGCUACAACAAUAGCGUCAAGUGUCCCUCAUCCAGCUGGACCUUCAACAAGACCCUCUCUAAGCUCAUCAGGAAGAAUAUCUUAAGAUUCCUCGACCCAGAGCGGGACAUCUCCAUCCUAAAGGGCUCGCUGCAACCGGGAGAUGUCGUCCACUACGUUUUUGACCGUCACAGCACCACUAACAUCUCGGAGAAUCUCUACCGUCUUUUGCCUAGCGUGUCACCUAUGAAGAAUCAACGCUACAGGCGGUGCGCCAUCGUCGGGAACUCGGGUAUUCUGCUCAACAGCAGCUGUGGCCCGCAAAUAGACUCCCAUGACUUUGUAAUCAGGUGCAACCUGGCACCGGUGGAGGAAUACUCCGCCGACGUGGGCCACCGGACCAACUUGGUGACCAUGAACCCUUCUGUGGUGCAGCGAGCAUUCCGUGACCUAGCGGACGGCGAAUCUCGGCGUAGUUUCGUGAGGCGUCUUCAGAGCCUCAACGGCAGCGUGCUGUGGAUUCCGGCCUUCAUGGCCAAAGGGGGAGAGGAGCGCGUGGAGUGGGCCCUGCGUCUCAUCCUGCAGCACACGGCGGACGUGCGCACCGCAUUCCCCUCGCUGCGUCUGCUGCACGCCGUCAGAGGCUACUGGCUUACCAAUAAGGUCCACAUCAAGCGUCCAACUACAGGGCUCCUCAUGUACACCAUGGCAACCCGCUUCUGUGAGGAAAUCCACCUCUACGGCUUCUGGCCUUUCCCUCAUGAUGCAGCCGGCAAAGUGGUGAAGUACCACUACUACGACACGCUCAAAUAUGAGUACACCUCCAGCUCCAGCCCGCACACAAUGCCUUUGGAGUUUAGGACGCUGAACGCUUUGCAUCGACAGGGGGCGCUAAGGCUUCACACUGGAAGCUGCGAUACGGAGUCGAAAUCGCAGAAGGAAAACCAGGAAACUAACAGAGUGGAAUAUCACAAUGGAAACACUUGAUUUUAUGACGAGGGCUAUUUUGAUGUUAGGUUUCAUAUUUUUAAUCCUGUAAAUCCAGUGUGACCUUUUUCUAGCUCGAGCUAAUUUUAGCAUAAAAUUUAAAAGGCAGUUGUUGAUUGAAAAAAUGAAAAGAAUACAUCCCAGAAUGCAAUGUUUCUCAUGCUCCAAGUAGCACUUGAGAACUGUACCAUAAUACAUUAUUAAAAACGAGCAGUUCCUAAAAAUUAAAAUGCAAACAUAAAAGGGAAAUACAACUGAACUGUAAGGCAGUGAUUCUUUUGUGGGCCACUAGAGGGAGCCCUAGUCACACUGGUUAGAAUCUUAUUCAACUCUUUACAGGGCAAGUGACUAUUUUGGAUAAUUUUAAAAAAAAAUUAACGUAAACCUAGCAUUCACAUAUGUCGACAUGACAUUUUAGGCCACAAUAUUCAUAUUUGGUUAGGUUUGACAUACAUGACCCAUAAUGUAAUCAAAUAUAAUAUUAUUUUUAGACCUAAUGGAGGGAGGGCUCCAGAUCUCACUCGCUUUCUCAUUUUUCUUCUUGGUGAGGACUCUAAGUAAAAUUAUUCCUGCUUUGAUAUUGAUGGACAAAUCAGAAUUAAAUUUGUUCGGUUUAAUCUUAGGAUUUAUAUGCAUCGAUCCUUUUUCGGUCCCAUUUUUACAUUUUUGUCACAGGACCAACUACACCAUGUUACAGCGGGAGAAAAUUAAUUUUGUUCCUGGAUUGUAAUCAUUUGUGUGUUGCUGGGAUCGAAACUAAAUGAAAAAGUGCCACCAAAAAGAUAAAAGUUUGGUUAGUUUUGCUAAAAUUAGAGGCUAUAUUCAAAAUUUCCGAUUUUAUGUCCUAGUUAUGCAGAAAAUGUUUGUUAAAUUUCAAUUUCUUUAUGUUUCAAGUGAAACUAUGUCCAUAAAAUGAGGAAAAUGUAUAUAAAAUAUUGCUGCAAUGAUUAAUCGAUUAACUCGAGUAAUUUAAUUAGAAAAGAUUCAAAUUAAAUUUUGCUGCUUCGAGUAUUCGUUUCAUUAAAGUGGCGUUGUAAUGGUUUCGAAAGUGUUUGCAUUUAGUUUUAUUGAUUUGGGUGGAUAAACUGCCCUUAGUUGCAACAGUGAAUAUGAAAUAACUCAUUUCACACGGCCUAAUCCAGCUGCUCCCUGUUAAGACCGACAUAAACAAAGUUUUUGUUUGAGCUAAUGUUUUUUUAAUGCAUUCGUAAUUUAGUUUAUAGGUAUAUUUAACCUUUUUUAUGGGAAUAUGUGGUUGAACCCUUUCUUAAGAGCAGUGUUUAAAAAAACCUUAGCAUUUUAUAGCAUUUAAGCUUGCAGACUUUUGCCAUAUAAGUAAGCCAAUAGCUCUUUUGUUGUACAUAGAUCCUCAUUUAUUUAUUAAAUUUGUAUCAUUUAAGGCUUAGCUCAGGUAUUUUGAUUUUUUUAUGUUCCUUGUCCGAUUACUCGAUUAUUCAAACUAACUAGUUCAUCGAUUUAUCGACUACUAAAAUAAUCGAUAGCUGCAGCCCUAAUAUAAAAGCAUUAGAAAGUACGACAGUAAAGAAAAGUGGAAAAUAAAAUUUCAAAGUCGUGAUCACAAACCCAAACCUUUUGGGAAAGAAAAGCGUUUUUAUAUGUCAAUGUGACAAAACAAACUAGUAAAUACCCCUUAGAACCUGGUAACAAAAUAUGUUUUACAUGGUGUUAUUCAGAUGAAUAAAUUGCGGACUUAUUAUUGCCCAUAGGUUCCAUCUUACCCCAUGUAAGGCAUACGUGCUUUUUGGGUGUACUUAUCUAGUUUCUGAGUUGACGAGCCGAGCGGUCGUAGUUCAUUUGAACUUGUUUUUUUUAUAUCUUUUAAAAUAUAUUUUUAAUAAUAAUAAAUAGUAGCAUUUUAAAAACCAAAUUAAUAAAAACAAAUACUCUUCUGUGCCCCCAAUAACACUCUAGAGUUUUUUUGGGUUGUUUUUUUAGUAGUGGUUAUCUCAAUUUCUGCCAAUGACAACAAUAGACAUCCAAACUAUUUAAACUAGGAGCACUGGCUGUGAACUCUCAUCUUCCAGUGUAUAAAUAUUAUGGCCCCCAAUUUGCCUGCCAUUGACAACCAUAUACAGUGCCUUGCAAAAGUAUUCGGCCCCCUUGAACCUUGCAACCUUUCACCACAUUUC